GCGGAUUGCAACCCGGAGUCAGGAUUCAAUAAAUGUGUAGUCGUUUGGAAAACAGAUUGUCACGAUGACGGAGCAACCAGAUGAGUUUAUCUGGUGUGAGGACUGUGGGCAGUAUCAUGACUCUGAGUGUCCAGAGCUGGGUCCAGUGGUGACUGUACAGGACUCAUUCGUUCUCAGCAGAGCACGGUCCUCUCUGCCGGAGAGUCUGGAGAUCAGACAGGUACCAGAUGGGAAGGAGGGAGUGUUUGUCCUCCAACGUCUGGUCAAGAGGACCAGGUUUGGUCCCUUCGAGGCUAGGAGAAUAUCCCACCUGGACAAAGAAGGCCUGUUCCCUCUGAAGAUCUUCCAGAGAGAUGGCCUGGUAGUCUGUUUUGACUCAGCCAAUGAGGAUGACUGUAAUUGGAUGAUGCUGGUUCGGCCCGCCACUGACUAUCAGCACCAGAACCUGACUGCUUACCAGCAGGACGAUGAGGUCUACUUCAACACCUCACAGGAUGUGCUGCCAGGGUCUGAGCUGAGGGUUUGGUAUGGGGCCUUCUAUGCCAAGAAGAUGGAGAGGACUAUGCUGAAGGCCCCAGUCCAUCCACCUCCAGCAGUUGUGGAUACUACCUCUACCAUGCCAGAGGGGGCUUUGAAUAAAGCUGGAGUGUCACAGGCCCUAGUGGUUGGAGAGAAUGAUGCAGACCACCUCCUGAGCCACCUGCAGGAAGUGAAAGAUGUAGCCCCGCCCCCUGACGACCAGUCCCAGCAGCAGGAAGAAGCACAACUGGUAACCACUGACGACGGCCUCAGUGCUGAACCCAUCCCUGCUCCUCCUCUGCCAGCUCCCAAAAGAAGGCUGGGCAGGCCGGGGAAGAGGGCCAAAGGAGGACGGAAACCUAGCACUGCAACUAUAGCAGCAAAGAAAAAAAUUGCAGCCUUUUUGGGGCCAGCAGAGAAAGCCCUCAACACCGUCCCUGCAGACGGAGGAGAGGCCAUGCUGGAUGGCAAUGACCUGGAGAUCGGCCCUGACGGGGUGGCUGUCACCAUGCCUAGGGUGACCCGCACCCUGCUCUCAGCUGGGAUGCCUGGGUCGAGGAAGAGGUUCCUGAGGCAGGGGGGAGACCAUAAGAGGCUGUACAAGUGCACCCUCUGCAACAAGGUCUUCCAGAACAGCAGCAACCUCAACAGACACAUCCGCUCCCACGGUGAUAAGCUCUUUAAAUGUGAUGAAUGUGACAAGAUGUUCAGCCGCAAGGAGAGCUUGAAGCAGCACAUCUCAUACAAGCACAGCAAAAACGAGCCCGAUGUGGAGUACAGAUACAAAUGUAACACAUGCGACAAAGCCUUCCGUCUGGAGAAUGCAUUAGAGUUCCACAACUGUAGAACAGAUGACAAGACGUUCCAGUGUGAGAUCUGCUCCAGGUUCUUCUCCACCAACAGUAACCUGUCUAAGCACAAGAAGAAGCACGGAGAGAAGCUGUACGCCUGUGAGAUCUGCAGCAAGAUGUUCUACCGCAAGGAUGUUAUGCAGGACCACCAGAAGAGACAUACUGUGGCAAACCCAAAGCACCUGAAGAGGGAAGAGCUGGAGGCCAAUGGGGAGGAAGGGACCAAAUACAGAAAGGAGCCUUCAGCAUGUCCUAUCUGUGGCAAGGUGUUUUCCUGCAGGAGCAACAUGAACAAGCAUCUGCUGACUCACGGGGAUAAGAAGUACACCUGUGAGAUCUGCGGACGCAAGUUCUUCAGAGUGGACGUCCUGAGGGACCAUAUUCACGUUCACUUUAAGGACAUAGCCCUGAUGGACGAGCAGGAGAGGGAGGAGUUCAUCAGGAAGAUUGGCAUCUCAGUGGACAGCAGCGACGACACUGAUGAGGAGGACGAAGACUACGGACAAGAGACCCACAAGUACAGCUGCAAGAAGUGUCAGGUGACGUUCUUCAAGGGCAGAGACUACCUGAAGCACAUUAUGGACCUGCACAAAGAGAGGGGUUAUGGCUGCAUCAUCUGUAACCGGCGCUUCGCUCUGAAAGCGACCUACAACGCCCACCUGGUCAUCCACAGAGAACAGCUCCCAGACCCUGCAGUGCAGAGGUACAUCCACCCCUGUGAAAUGUGUGGCCGAAUCUUCAACAGCAUCGGCAACCUGGAGAGACACAAGGUCAUUCACACAGGGGUGAAGAGCCACGGAUGUGACCAGUGUGGGAAGUCGUUUGCCAGGAAGGACAUGCUAAAGGAACACCUGAGGGUCCAUGACAAUGUCAGAGACUUCCUAUGUGCUGAGUGUGGGAAAGGGAUGAAGACCAAGCAUGCGCUGAGGCACCAUAUGAAGCUGCAUAAGGGCAUCAAAGAGUACGAGUGUAAGGAGUGCAACCGCAAGUUUGCCCAGAAGGUCAACAUGCUGAAACACUACAAGAGACACACGGGAAUAAAGGACUUCAUGUGUGAGUUGUGUGGGAAGACCUUCAGUGAGAGGAACACCAUGGAGACACACAAGCUCAUUCACACAGUGGGGAAGACGUGGUCGUGUGCGGUGUGUGAUAAGAAGUAUGUGACAGAAUACAUGCUCCAGAAGCAUGUGCAGCUGACGCAUGAGAAGGUGGAGGCCCAGAGCUGUCACAUGUGUGGCACCAAGGUGUCCACCCGAGCCUCCAUGAACCGCCACAUGAGGCGCAAACACCCUGAGGUGGUCACUGUGAGAAUAGAUGAGUUUGACGAGCUCCAAGAAGACUCAACAAUCGAUGAGUCAAGCAUCAGCAUUGUGCAGCCCACUCUAACCCUGGAGAAGGAGGCUCUUUCUGGGGAGAGGCCCCAGCGGACCACACGGCUGCCCAGGAAGAAGCAGAAACAGCUGGAGGAGCCGGAGCUGUCGGACUCUGACGGGUAUGCUGACUUCACAGGCAAAGGAGUACAGUACACCACCACCAUAGUGGGAGAUGAGACCAGCUCUGCUGUGCAGAGUAUACAGCAGGUGGUGGUGCUGGCCGACCCCAACGUGUCAUCCGCCUCCUCCCCCAACAGCUCAGUAGGGCUGACCAACAUCACAGUGACCCCCAUCACCACCCAUGCCCCUGCCCAGUUCACCAGCCUGCAGCCUGUAGCCGUGGGCCACCUGACAGCCAGCGACCACCGGCCCCUUACUCUGGACAGCUCCAUCCUCACUGUCACCUUCGACACGGUCAGCGGCUCCGCCAUGCUCCACAACCGGCCCGCCGAGCUCACGACCGAGACGGUGGGGCCUGGCGGUGCCAGUACUGGGCCACAGUCGGUCGCCCACUUUAUCAACCUUACCACCUUCGUCAACCCAAUGGGCCACCCCCUGGAGGCCCCCACCCUGGCCUGGAGGCCUGUCACGCAGGCUGAGGGGGUCCAGGUCACCCCUGUAGCAGAGGGGGCUCCAGGUGACACCCAGGAAUCUGAGACCCAGACCUCAGAGCAGGCUAGACAAGCCCAGGCAGCACAGCAACAGCAGGCCAACACAACACAGCAGAUGUUCAGCUACUAGACUGAAGAGGGGAGGUGCUGGUCACCUCAGUCCUGGUGAAGGACAGUGGAUAGACUAGACACAUGGAAGGCCUGUGUGGACUAGAGGCCUUGAAUGCUCUCACCCAAAUGCCUAUGUUAUAUUCCCCAAAAUACACCUCUUGAAUAAGAACAUUGAUGGAGGAUGAUAGCAUUUACAUGAACCAAGAGCUACUUUCUCUUGAGUCAACGUGAGUUGUUUGUCAAAAACCCCACAGAGGAAGCUGUUGAACUGUAUAGUUUACAGAGAUGCAUGUACAGUUAAAAAGAAUGAAAUGAUUUGGGUGCAUUGUUUCUUAGGUCAAACUGUGUAGUUUUGACCAAUCAACAGAUCAAUGUAAUAGUUAUAAUAUAAACCUAAGCAAGAAAUUGAAUAUUCUAUUUUGUGAAUUUAAACAUGCACGUCUCGCAAUAUUUGCAUAUUUUCACUGCAGAAUUAUUUAGGUUAUGGAGAUGCAAAAAAGUAUUUUUUUUUAAAUUCUCAUUGGGGGUUAAAUUAUUAAAUAAUUUGGGCACACGGCUUUGAAUGCCUUGUACAAGAGGUUAAUAGAAGACAAUUAGAAUCGUUUUAUUUUAUUUUUUAUGAGUAGAUCACGAGUGUAAAGCAGCCAAGACACAGCAUUUAACCAGUAGAGAGAACCAUAUUUUAUUUUUGAAUGUCUGAAAGCAUUGAAACUUAAAACCAUUGAGCAAUUGUCAAAAAUACUGGAAGCUUUUUUUAUUGUCAUUGUUUUUCAAUUAAAUUUCACAAAUGAAAUGUUUUUAGCCCAUUUUUCUGUUUCUGUCUAAAUAUCAAUGUUUAAAUCGAGUAGUACAUUUGUGAAUAUGGUACAAGCUUGUUUUCUAGCGUUAUGAUUUAACCAACUGGGAAACUCGGCUGGCAUUGUAAUCAGUGGUGUGUGUCAAGUCUUUUUACAUUUAGCAGACGCCCUUAUCCAGAGCAAUUAGCGUUAAGUGCCUUGCUCAAGGGCACAGACUGAUGUUUCAUCUAGUCUGCUCGAACCAGAGACCAUUCGGUUAUUGACCCAAUGCGCUUAACCACUAGACUAUGAACCGCCCACCUGUUGUACACCUGUCGCUUACCCGCAGUCAGAACCUGGACCGACCAGAAGGGGGAGCUAUCUUCACAAAUAUGAUUUAUCUGAGAGCUCCUACAUAAAAUGAGUUACAUGUGCAUUAGAUUAUGCAGAGACAUUCUGUCUAGGAAAGGUGUUUUGAAGGACUGCAAAAUAGACCGUUGGUCUUUCGUAUGUAUGGUUCUUGCUAUUGUCUCCUUCCAUGGUCGGGCCAAGGUAUGUCGACACCCUCAAGAAGGAUUAACUAGAUGGACCAUCGCCUCCAAAGACCCUCAUUCUCAGGGUUGACACCUUCAACUGUUAAUGUCCCUAUGUGAUGUGUCUCUGUUCUCUAUUAGCCCCAAGCAUUAAACAAUGUCUCUGGUGAUGUGCAUCACUAUGGUGUGAAGUAGGCUGCUUCAAACUGCUAAGCUCUCAUUGUUUCCCACUAUUUACACCUCUUGUAUGUUAAUAGAAAUCAGGAUAAGUGUUCUGUAGUUCGAGGGGGUCUGUGGAAGUGCAGGUUGAGGGUUUCUAUUGUAAUUUACUAUUGGCACUAAUUUUGCUGAUGAACUUAUUUGAGGAAAAAUGUACUUACAAAGAUUGUGGUUGCCUCACCUAGCUAUUUUAAGAUGAAUGCACUGAUUGCACGUUGCUCUGGAUAAGAGCGUCUGACAAAUGCAUUGCAAGAAAUCUGAUGUUUUGUGGAUAUCCCUCUGAAUAUAUAAACCAAGACAAUUACAUUUUUGAACCCAGUCAUUAUAAAUUGUACUUAAUUCAUGGACAAGCUACUAUAAACUAAAUGAUUUUCA